AGAGCACACAGAUGAAAUCAGCUCAAGCAGCAACAGCAGAGUCUGAAGAGAACAGAAGUCAGCUCUUUGUGGUUUUUCUAGCAGGAUGGGCUCCAGCAGCUCCAGCAUGAACCACAUCCCCAACGCCGAGGAGCUCAUGCAGGACACCGGCUUCUCGGCCGCCCACCUCCUCCGUCUGCACGAGCGAUUUGAGUUUCUAGAUAGAGAGCAGAGAGGAGAGCUCAGGUUUGAUGAUUUUGAAGCGGUUCGAGAGUUGGCCUUGAACCCCAUUGGAGACAGAAUUAUCGGAGCCUUUUUCUCUCAGGGACAGGACACGGUGGACUUCCCCUCCUUUGUUCGGAUUCUGGCUCAUUUCCGUCCCACAGACCUAAACCGGAGAGACGGACUUCCACAGGACCAGGCCAACAGCCGAACCAGGAAACUCAAAUUUGCUUUCCAGCUGUACGAUCAAGACAGAGACGGAAAGAUUUCCAGAGCCGAGCUCCUCCAGGUUCUGCGGGCGAUGUUGGGGAUAUCAGUGACGGAUGAGCAGCUGCAGAGCAUCGCUGAGCGAGCCAUUCAAGAGGCCGACUUGGACGGAGACGACGCCAUCUCCUUUGAGGAGUUCAGAAAGUCUCUGGAGAAAGUGAACAUCGACCACAAGAUGAGUAUUCGCUUCUUAAAAUAAAGGAACUAUCUGCUGGGAUUUCUGGAUUUUCCUGCAAGAAAGAAACUCUAACAGAGACAGGGAUGAAGAGACUGGUGUGUAAAUCUGUGCUAAAAGGGAACCUCUCUCAGUCAGCACCUCCAGAAGUCAAAAUAUUUAAAAUCCAAGUGAGAAGAUUCUUCUGGGUCGUUGCUUUUAGACAUUAAGAGGCAUGGAUGAGUGAAACCAAUCAUGGCUUUCAGCCUGAUGAGAUCGGGCAUAAUUUUCAUCCCAAGGGCAUGUGUCCACAUGACAAUGACAAUAAAACUUGAAAACAAUGUAAA